AUGUGGUUACUGGUCUCUGAAAUGAAUUACAGUUUAAAUACAAAUUUAACACUAAAAAUAAAAGAUGCAAUUUGCACAACAAAAAUAGAUUUCAGUAGAGCAAAUGAGAAAGAAAAGAAAGAGAAAAAGGGAAUCAGAACUAUGAUUGUUUCAUGUAAAGAAGAAUUACUGAAACGGGAGUCAGCUAAGGAUAAUAAAAAGCCUGAAAAGUCAAGCAAGAAGAACUAACCUGUUGACCUGAAAUUGUGAAUAUCAUUUUGCAUCUUUUGUUGUUCAUAAACUUGUGUUGUAAGCCUUUUGUUCUCUAAUAAAACAGUUUCACAAAAAUAAAUGCACUAAUUAAGGGAAGACGGU